GGUCGUGCUUCGUCGUUCUGCGGACGCAUCGUGACAUGCAGGCUUGCCUUCAGAAGCCCCUGCCGAAGUUCAGGGGCGAGCAUGUCCUCGAGGUCUUCGAGGCCCAGGGAGAUGCCGAGACCGUGCUUUGGGACGCGUUCGCCACGACAGACGCGGAGCGGUGCUGGCUGUCCGUGAUCGGCGUCGUCCAGAUUCUCCUCAUCGUGGGGGUGUGGACCUUGUGCUUCUGGGGUCCGUACACGCUCUACAUCCUCUCCUGGGGCGGCGUGGCUGGGAUGAGCCAGGGCGAUGCCAGUGUCGGCAUGGUCGUGGGCCUCCUGAUCACAGUGGGCAACCAGAUCGUCUAUGCGGCGUGCGGGGCGAUAUCCGAGAACGCGAAGUUCACGUGCCGCGACAAGCGUGACACCUACUACACAGGCCUCUACACGUUCGCGGUGCUGGUGAACACCGUGCUCGAUCUGUGGCUCGUCUCGGUCAUGGCGGCCGGCUGGCAGCGCGACGCCGCGGCGGACCCGUACGCGAAGGUCCGGAACCCCAGCCUCCAGCACGCCGUGUUCGAUCAGCUCAUCUUCUACCUCUGGCCGUGCACGCUGCUGCUGCCCUUCCUGCUGGAGCCGGUGGUCCUCAAUGUCGCCCCGUAUUUCCUCGCCAAGUGGCUGGUGCGUUCACGGCCCGCCUGCAGCAAGCAGGACGCCGAGGAGUGUCUGGUACCUCCGCCUUUCGACCUCAACCGUUACGGCGAUAACCUGAUCAAUGUAUUGAUGGUCUCAACGUUUUUCCUCCUGACAGGCGUCACUAUCUGGUGGAUCUUCUUCAUGCUCACGAUCUCCCUGUGGGCCGUGUUCAUGUGGGAUUGCUACCGGUUCAAGCGCGGCACGAUGCGAACUCAUUUCGCCACGCAGGACAUCGACAUUUUGGCGAACUAUAUGAUGGCCUUCCCCUGCGCCACCCUCGCCAGCGGCUUUGUCUUCAAAGCGAAGGGCGGGCAGGGCAUGGUGGACGACUGGGACCCGAACAGCUUUUUCACGAGCCACGCGGAGGUCUGGCUGGAGGUGGGCCUGGCCUUCUUCGCGCACCUGGUGCUCCACUUCCUCCUCUUGGCGCUGGUGGUGCCCCGCUGCCUCCCGACCCUCGUGGAGGACUCGGACUCCCCGGAGGGCCCCAGGGAUCUGAUCCCGUACGAGGCCACGGCCGAGAAGCUGUGCUGCAACUGGUUCAACUCAAAUCCUGUGCACUGCUUGCGGUCCCGCUACUUGUAUCAGCACGAUCCGCCGCAUGUCUUCUACCAGCCGGGGAGAGAGUACCUCCACAAGAAGAACAACAGGCCCGAGGACCAGGAUGCACUCAUCAUCUAUGAGGCAAGCGAGUUCGUCGCAGAGGAGGGCAUCAUGGAGGACAUGGGAGGUGCCGUCAAGCGUGCGCACUCCAGAGCGCUUCAGGAGGGCAGGCAGGCAUUCGACGAGGCCAGGCGCCUCACGAGCCAGAGGACCCAGCGCCUGUUCAGCCCCUCGCAGGUGGAGUCGUGAGAAGUGGCUUCAGUUCAUGGGCGAGAUGGUGACUCUGGAGGACGGCGCAUGGGACGAGCAGAGAGCACCUCGUUCGUUGUUGAUUAUUAAUAUUACACAUAUGUAUGUACGUGCACGGCGGCAGUUCGCGUUUGGGUUUGUGGGGGCAGGCGACGCGGCGACAACCCCAAAUGUGCCUCUGUGACAAUCCGGGCAAUGCCAGAUGACUGGACCAUGAUCGGCGAUUUCGCAUCGGGCGAGGGUUCCAUCCCGAAAGCGUGCCGUCUUCCAUUCGCGUUUCUCGUGAUGAUGCCAGUUUCCGCGAUCAAGAAGCGUCAAUUUGGAAAAAGACGUCUGGGAAUGAUAGUGGCUUGUUCUGCAGGUUGUUCGUGGUUUCCCCACGC